UUAACUCAUUAGCAAGCGGCGACACUACCUUAAGGUUAAUUAGCUAAGGUGGCUACGUUAACCGUGCGUCAACAUGGACGCCUAUCAGGUGGUGGAGCUCGUGGGAGAGGGCUCCUUUGGACGUGUUUACAAGGGCAGAAAAAAGUGUUCUGGUCAGGUGAUCGCAUUAAAGUUCAUGUCAAAGUUGGAUCGAUCGGAAAAGGAGUUAAAAAGUCUCAGGAGAGAGAUUGAGAUUAUGAGAGGUCUGAAACAUCCAAAUAUUGUCCAACUUUAUGACAGCUUUGAGACAGAAACUGAGGUUGUGGUUGUAACUGAGUAUGCAGACGGUCAGUUGUUUCACGUUGUUGAGGACGAUGGAAUGCUACCAGAAAUCCAGGUCCGUGAGAUUGCAUGCCAGCUGGUUUCAGCCCUGUAUUAUUUACAUUCCCAUCGCAUCGUUCACCGUGACAUAAAACCUCAAAAUAUCCUCCUUGGAAAAAGUGGGGUGGUGAAGCUGUGUGACUUUGGUUUUGCUAGGGCCAUGAGUGUCUCCACGUUGGUGCUGACAUCUAUCAAAGGGACACCGCUGUACAUGUGUCCUGAGCUGGUGGAGGAAAAGCCAUAUGACCACACGGCUGACCUGUGGUCUUUAGGUUGCAUCCUAUAUGAGCUUCACACAGGGAUGCCUCCGUUCUACACUAAUUCCAUCUUCCACCUGGUGCAACUCAUUGUGAGAGAACAGGUGAAAUGGCCCGACACCAUGAGCAACACCUGCACGAGCUUCCUGAAAGGUUUGUUAACCAAAGACCCUAAAGAACGCCUGUCUUGGCCAGAUCUCCUGCACCAUUCAUUUGUUGCUGAGGGUGUUCAAGUGAUAGCCAACCCAACUGUAUUCAGCCCUUUGGCCAUUACAGAAAACCCAAACGGCCUGCAACGCCAUGAAGAAGCAGCUGUGACGAUGCCAACAUCAAAAGAGGGCGCUUCACUCCAAAAAACAAAAAAAAAGAAGCACAACUGCAGCCGAAUGGAGCCAGCACAACAUGGAACUGUAACAAAUGCUGACAAUGAGAUGUUUUGGGAACAAAUUGUGCAAGAAACUGAUCCAUGCAAACAACAGAAAGUACUUCCAUGCUGUACUGCAAUAGUAGCUCAAAUUAAAGUCGAGAUUUUAGCUUUUAAAGUUCAGCCAACAGAGGGCGCAGUCGAGGAUACAUUGCAGGUACAACAGACACUUAAAGUCCUGCAAAACAUACUUCUGUCCAGUGACCAUGAGAAGUCAAAAGACAUUGCCUGGACUCUUGGUCUACCACACACUCUCCUGGAAAUGAUCCACGAUACGCUGGAAAGGUUCAGCUCCAACAAGCACCAAAGGACUUUGUCAGCACUUAGAGAAAUGAUUAUUGUGCUCCUGAUUUUCUGGGAUAAGCAUCUUGAUUGUAUAAAAGAAAGAAAUAGAUUGGACCAGUUCACAGAGCCUUUUGUCACAAUUCUUAGAGGACCACAUCUUAUUCCCCUGGCACCGUUAGCUGCCUGUGUUCUGUCUCUCUUCACACAACAUGACGUGGGCGUCACAGCAGACGUGAAGAAUUUAACAUCGUCAAUGAAAAACCUUCUUUCAGAAUCAUUCGAGUGCGACGGUCUCCUGUCUUUGCUCCUGCACUCCCUCUCUAAGCAACAACAAGACUCUGGAGAUCCAUGUUUAGAUUCUGUUUUGUUUCUGGAGUUGUGGAAACGUAUAGGAACUCCCUUAACAAAGACAACAGCAGACUCACCGUUCUGUUCAGCAAAGGGUUUGUUUUCCUUCUUAUCAACUGCACUGUUGGUCUUCACCAGGGAUCCAACCUCCUGCUUUACUUUGUUUUCAAAGAGAGAAUCAAAGUGUGUUUACACCCUUGGACUUCUGCUCAACACAAAACGUCUUAAUGUUUUUUUCUCUGGAGGCGUUGGUCAAAGACGAGAGACCGGAGUGAGUGAUGAUCAGCUGUUCACCAUGAGCUGUCAGUUGCUUUGCUUUCCGUUUGCUUUCGACCUUCCUACUCACACCAUGAUCAGAAUUCUCGAGGUGUACGAUGGUUGCAACAUUGUCGGAAAACUCAUUAAGGGAAUUCAGACCGUUCCUGCAUCGCUCCUGGAGCUUCCUCUCUCUCUGCUGAACGUUUUGCUUCUCUGUGAACCUAAUUCCAUUUUCCACCUGAGAAAAGCUGCAUGUGGUUUUUUCACACAUGCCAGAGACAGCCGGCUCAAUUCAUCCAAACAUGUAACUGCUGUCUCUAGGACUGCAAACUCUUUGCUUAUUGACUUACUUCAACUGGAAAUGCUGUGGGGCUCUGCUGUUGAGCUCCUGACUCUCCUUUCUUUAGUAGCCUGUUCUGCUCAGCCUGGCAGCCUCCAGCUGAAUCUGGAACCAUCUGCAGUACAGUAUGCGCUGGGCCACACUCAUUUCCAAAUAAGGGUUGCUGCAUGCAGACUUCUGGGAUAUCUGGAUCCAUACAGACCACCGUUGUCCCUCAGUCCUGACAUAUUUCAAGGCGUGGCAGACUGUCUUCUUGAUUUGUGCUUGGCAGUGAGACAGAUGUCUUUGAAGGCAGUUGGGAACUGGUUAGGACACCUUUCACUGUGUGCUAGGUUUAAUAUAGUCAGGUCGACUUUGAAGUAUACAGAUGAUAAAAGGACUGGGAAAAGAAACACAAAGAAAACUGUUAAGGAGAUGCGGAUUGAAAGCACAGAGUGUGUUACAGUUGAGCAAAUAAAUGAUGACGAGCAAUGUAGUUGGACAGAAACCAAAAACACAGCAGCUGAGAUCAUUUUUCCUAGUAUUGCCCCUGAUACCUGCAUAUGAUGCACAUGCAUGGGAAACCUUCUCACAGUGUUGUCAUUUUUGUUAGAGGCUGAAUGGUUCUACUUGUUUCAAAGAGUUGCAUGCAUGGAUUCCCAUCAUCCAAUGACAAGCCAAGACAGCAGUUCUAUACCACUGUCACACAGUAGCAGUUUAAAUAUCUUGGACAAAAUCUUACAAAGUAAUGUGAUCAAAUCAAAUAUAAAACCAAAGCUAUUAGCCACUGCCAGGACAUUUAGGUGUUUCAUUAAAUUUGUGAAAGGAAAUAAACAAAAUUCACAUUUUUAUAAGACUGUUUUCUGUUUGACAGGAAAACAUCUCUGACUAUGAUUAUCUUGACAGGUGUUUCUAAUUCAUUUGGAUCUAAAUUUCCAAGUGUUUAUUGUCAUCAUCAUCACUUUCCCUUUUUUGGUACCUCAACUAUUGAUAAAAG